AUGUGCGCUAGAGAGAACAUCGAUGAGCUCAUGAAAAAGAAAUUCGGGUGGCUUCGCGCCUUCCGAAAGUCCGAGAAGCUGCUCAAGGCGCAGGAGAAGGAGUCCAAGAAGGCGGACAAGGAGGCCAAGUCGGCGGGGCCGAAGAAGAACGCCAAGGAGGACCACGAGUCGGUCGUGCACGGCUGGAAGCUCAAGCUCAAGAAGCGGACCUCCAAGGAGGGCAAGGCAGACACCUUCGACAUGCAGGCGCCCGGCACCGCCCGGCCCGUUGACGUCGAGCGGGAGCCCGCCGAAGUACUCGUCCUCGACGUCGAAGGUGCGCUGCAGCACGGCGUCGUCUCCGACGAACCAGCGGUACUCGAAGUCGACGCUGAGCUUGGACGCCUGCCAGCCGCACACGGCUGCCCAAACCGCCAUGCAGACGACAACUGCCACCUGGACCGGCUUGCGCGCGAGGGCCGGCGCGUAGUGGCGGCGCAGCACGGAGCGCAGGAGCCCCUCCUCGGGCGCCUUGACGGCGGCGCAUGA